CUGCAACAUACAAAAACACAACAAUACAACUGAGCUCCAGGGCCAAACCCAUCCCCGCUUUCUCUCUCUAUUUAUUUCUCUCUCCAAACCCUAACCCUAAAUCCACCAUGACCUGAAUCUCACUGUUCCUUCUGCCUACUCACGCUCCACCGUUCGAUCAUCAGAAGAACAUCGAUAACACCCCGUCCAAACAAAUCUCGAGAAACCAUGCCGUCGCAGGCCGAUCUGGACCGUCAGAUCGAGCACCUUUUGCAGUGCAAGCCUUUAUCAGAAGCGGAGGUGAAGACCCUAUGCGAGCAAGCGCGAGCGAUUCUGGUGGAGGAAUGGAACGUGCAGCCCGUCAAGUGUCCGGUCACCGUCUGCGGCGACAUUCACGGACAGUUCCACGAUCUUGUUGAACUUUUUCGCAUCGGAGGCAACGCCCCUGACACCAAUUAUCUCUUCAUGGGCGACUAUGUGGAUCGUGGUUACUACUCAGUAGAGACUGUCAGCCUCUUAGUCGCUCUGAAAGUUCGUUAUAGAGAUAGAAUAACAAUCCUAAGGGGAAAU